AUCCAACCCAACACUUUCAGGAUGGUCUCCUAAGCCGGCAUCAAUCCCAGAUGGUCCAAAGUCCUCGAUAGGUUUUUAUGCGCAAUUCUAUCUAGGCGCAAUGGUUGCUGUGGAUUCACCCAUGCAAGAAUGUCUGCAUCCCGGAGACGCAGAAGAAAUUCUUUCUGAAGAAAAGAUUCAAGCUCUUCUGCUCGAAGCCGAACAGCGACUUCUAAAGCAAGCCGCAGAGAAUAACAAAGCCGAAGCUGAAGGGGAAGACCAGCUCAGACUCCUUGAAGAACCGAAAGUUGAAGCGCGAGUACGUAUCCCAACCUUGAAGGUAGAGCGUUUUGUGGCUCCAUAUGUGCGUGAAGUCAACGGUGUGGCAUCACUUGAUGAAGCACGAGCUGUUCCCGAUCGGCUGAAAAAGCUUUCAAACACAACACGAGCUGUCGAGCAACCGAAAUUGGUAGAAAAGUGUAAAGAAAAACCCACUGCUGGUUCAGACUGGUUUGACCUUCCCAGGACGGUCCUCACCCCUGAGCUGAAAAGGGAUCUCCAACUGCUGCGCAUGAGAAGUGUGCUUGACCCAAAACGGCACUAUAAGAAAGAGAGCGGUAAAGCAAAGCUUCCAGAGUAUUCUCAGAUUGGUACCAUUAUUCAAGGUUCAACCGAAUUUUUCAGUGCUCGCAUCGCCAAGAAGGACCGCAAGGGGACCUUUGUUGAAGAAGCCAUGGCCGCUGAAGAAGAGAAUGGCCGCUUCAAACGCAAAUAUGACGAAAUUCAGGAGUCAAAGACUAGCGGUAAAAAGGCUCACUACAAAGCAUUACAAGCUAAGAGGAAACGAAGUCGAAAAUACCGCUGAACUUUUCUCCAGAAAUGUUAUCAUGUCAAAGUCAACACGUAAAGAUGGAGACCGCUGGUCCGUGUCUAUGGAUAGAUAUCGAUUUUAUGGGAUAACCAGGCCACCAGUGAAAGGCCUAGUUAAUGGUUUGUGGAAACAUAUCUAGGACUACCUGUCUGACCAGUUUCUAUGGAUCUCAUUAGCGUCUGCACGGAACAUGAGAAAUAAGCUUUGACGUACCUGUACGUCCGCUGCUGCUUGGCUACCCGCCUUCAAAA